CUGAGAAACCUGAACGCAGCACGCGGAUGGUUGCAAGGACGAAACAUGAUGAAAAUGAACAACGAUCACAAAUAGACCCGUCUAUUUUUAUGUUGCAGAUGAAUACAGUAUUAUAUACUGUGGCCCAGCUGUCAUGUUAUUUCAACUCAGUGGUGUCAGGUAUCUGACUGGCACUUCAUAAUCCACCCUGAGAGGAGAAAAGUGAGUGGUCGUCCGAGCGAUGGAGGCUCGCUUUGGGAACGUUGUGUUCAGCUCCAAGUUUGACUCAGGAAACCUAGCGCGGGUGGAGAAGGUGGAGAAGGGCAGCUCAAGCCCCACCUCGGACACGGCCUCGGGUGGGAGCUGCACCURGGGGUCACAUCUUACCCCUGACUACGAGUUCAACGUGUGGACCCAGCCUGACUGUGCUGGCACAGAGCACGAGAAUGGAAACAGAUCGUGGUUUUAUUUCAGCGUGAGGGGCGCGCUGCCUGGGAAAUUGCUGAAGAUUAACGUGAUGAACAUGAAUAAUCAGAGGAAGCUWUACAGCCAGGGCAUGGCUCCUCUUGUACUCACGUUGCCUUGCAAAAACCGAUGGGAGAGAGUUCGAGACAGACCCACAACUAAGAUUGUAGAUAACCAGUUCAUCCUUACCUUCACCCACCGGCUGCUGGAGGCUCGAGGGGCCACCACCUACUUCUCCUUCUGCUUCCCAUUCUCUUACACUGAGUGCCAGGAGAUGCUGCAGCGUCUGGAUGAGAGCCACCCCAACGCUGUUCACCUCAGUCCCAGCAGUGCACCAGGUACUGUGUAUUACCACCGGGAGUUGCUGUGCCACUCUCUAGACGGCAACAGGGUGGACCUGCUCACUGUGACCAACUGCAACGGGAUGCAGGAUGAGAGGGAAGCUCGUCUGCCCAAGCUGUUUCCUGACGCCAAAACUCCAAGACCUCACCGCUUCCCUGGCAAAAGGGUGUUUUUCCUCAGCAGUCGUGUGCACCCCGGGGAAACCCCCUCGUCCUUCGUGUUCAACGGUUUCCUCAACUUCAUUCUGCGAAGAGAUGACCCGCGUGCACACAUGCUGCGCAACAUGUUUGUGUUCAAGCUCAUCCCCAUGCUCAACCCAGACGGGGURGUCCGAGGACACUACAGAACUGAUUCCAGAGGUGUGAACCUGAACCGACAAUACUUGAACCCCAUCCCCGAGCUUCACCCUUCCAUCUAUGCAGCCAAAGCUCUGUUGCUCUACCACCACACACACAGUAACAGCACCCCUCACACACAACUCACUCCCCUCAACAACAAGUCCGCAAAUCAGCCUCAGUCUCCAGCCCUCACCCCACUGGAGGUCAGCUUGAACCAACGCAARGCAGAGAAAGACGGAAACCCCGUCCAAGCCGAGGUUCCCACAGUGACGGGGGAGAACACCUGGACCGCCGCAGAGACGAAGAAAGGAGACCAGAACAUUUCUCCAGAUGCCUCAGAGACUGUAGCUCCUGCCACUGAAGACGUAGCUGCACCGCAGGCGGAGGAGCCGGUGCCCCCACAGGAGGGAGGGGUGGCGUAUUACGUGGACUUACACGGCCACGCCUCUAAACGCGGAUGCUUCAUGUACGGAAAUAACCUUCCUGAAGAGAGCCAGCAGGUAGAGAACAUGCUGUAUCCCAGACUGAUAGCUGUGAAUUCUGCCCACUUUGAUUUCCUGGGCUGCAACUUUUCUGAGAAAAACAUGUACGCUCGUGACAAGAGGGACGGUCAGUCUAAGGAAGGCAGCGGCCGAGUCGKCGUCCACAAGGCAAUCGGGCUGCUGCACAGUUAUACUUUGGAGUGCAACUAUAACACAGGGAAAACUAUGAACACUAUCCCACCAGCCUGCCAUGACAACGGUCGGGCCAGCCCACCUCCCCCUCCGUCAUUCCCUCCCAAAUACACUCCAGAGAUAUUUGAGCAGGUGGGCCGUGCCGUGGCCAUCUCGGCGCUGGACAUGGCCGAGUGCAACCCCUGGCCUCGCCUGGUCCUGUCCGAGCACACCUGCCUCACCAACCUCCGAGCCUGGAUCCUCAAGCACGUCCGCAACACCAAAGGCCUGAACGCGCACAUCCACGCUCCGUCGAGGGCACACAACAAUGGCGGCAAGUUGUCGCCUCCGAAAAGUUUCAACAACAGCUUUUUGUCGGGGUCGGUGUCAGAGAACGCCAUCAGCCGCGGCCGCUGCAACAGCAACAGCAGCAGCAGCCAGACUCCCUCACCAAAGAUGCACAACUCUCCGAGCUUCACCUUCGGCUGCCCCCCGCCUCGAGCUCACGUGCAGCACAGCAGCACACACGCCGGCGGGCGCGGAGGCAGCAAGACCCUCGGACCGGUCAGGGACACUAAGCCUCAGGAGAGGAGACGUCCCUCCCAUCACCGCUCCAUCCUGCGAUCACCCAGCAACAGCCACAAACCCUGCCACCCACCCCGGUCCCCCCCGUCGUCCUCGUCCUCCUCUUCGUCCUCGGUGUGCGCGGCCGGUUCCUGUCCCCUCCCGGCCUCCGUCAACAUGACAGGAGUCAGCGGACCAGAUUUUAAAGCUGGACCCAGUUCAUCCAGCUGGUCCAGGACUCCUUUCCCCGCUCGCCCUGAGCGRGCAGGUCGAGGCUGCAGAUCUUUUACGGUCACAAACAAAGAGGCCGCUAAAGACUCGGGGCCUGAACAUAUCUUGUCAUCCAUCAAAUUUAGCAAGUGUGAGCUGCAGCCGCACACGAGCCGCAUCCCCGUCCGCAGGAUGGGCCCCCCGCUCCCGCACGGCGCUCACACGUCUCCCACCUCGCCUGGAGAUCAGGAGGUGUGGGCCAGCAUGAAGGUGUGGAAGCUGCUCAGACCYGACCUCCACAGACACCGGCCUCUGUCAGGCAUAUCAGAGAAAGAAGGGGGCGAGAGGAGUCUCCACUGUGAACCCACGGCUGUCGUAGAGGCCACACCUGAAACACACGGGACAUAAUCCUGUACCUGAACGCAACAUACGACUUAAACAUGUCAGGUCGUGUGUGUGUGUGUGUUUACAGAGGAGCUUGAGCUGAAUGUGUGUGGAAAAGUGUAUUAGUAAGUAUUUUUGUCAACUGUGAACCCACAUUCCUGUAUUUUCAAAAUCCUUUUAAACGUUACAGUAAUGGGUCAUUUAGGGAUGAUUUCAUGUACAAUACUGGUAUUUUCUUUUUGCGUACUGAAUCCUGACCACGUCAACAACGGUGCGUUACAUUUACUGAGCAACUUUUCAUUUUAUUGGAGCAGCUGAGGAUGAAGUGCCUUUAAGAAUCAUCUGUAAACUUGAAUUAUCUUCAAUAUUUCAGCUCCAGUCACUGAACUACAGUACGUUUUGGUUCCUGCUGCCCUCUCCAACAAACUGAUAUUUAUAUCACUCUAAUAUUAUUCUGCAUUAAGUUAUAUUUUCACUUCACUUUUGUCAUCACAGCAGAUGAGCGAUUAUUAUUUUUUAAUAUAUCUGAGCACAACUGCACAUUUUUAAAAACUUUUUUUGGUCUUAUUUUCAAUUUAUAAUGUAUUUAUCAUUUCUGUGAAUUUUUAAGUGGUUAUGAAUUAUUUSAGAAAAAUAAACUGAAAUCUACCAAGGACAAAUGGAAAA